GUCUGCUAGAAGGUAUCAGAGAGAUCGCGAUCAGCACUGUCAUAGAGAAGUCUGGCAGCCGUCUGAUCGACCCACACACACAAACUUUAUCGACCUCUUACAAUACAUUUAAAAGGGCAUUGAUUUGAGAGGAGCCAAGCAGACGGAGUGCCUUUGUACGUAAGCAUUUAUGUGGUUCACACAACUUGCUCGGAAACUGUAAAGAAUUACCUCGGGUUGGCUUCCCCCACUGCAAGACUUGUGGCAACUUCAUUCUGGUCAUUCUGGUACGUUUGAUCCAAUAAUACAGGAGAGGAGCUACAGCUGAAGGCGCUGGAAAUCUAUCAACAAGGCACUUAUGCUUUAGCAGAAGUUUACGAAUUCUCCCGGAGCUUCCAAUUUCAGGACUUAUCUGCAAUGGUAACACACAGUAAGUUUGACGGGAUGAGCCGUCCUGUCGAUGUGCCGGCCCAGAGACUCUCUUACCGACUGAAGACAUUUUCUUCCAAAAACGAGUACAACCUAAUCGUGAACACUGUGCGGAAACUCAAAGAGAGUGGUUUCUACUGGAGUACAAUGAGUGGGGGAGAAGCUAAUAUUCUCCUCAGCUCCGAGCCAGUUGGAACUUUUCUAAUCAGGGACAGCUCGGACAAUAGACAUUUCUUUACUCUUAGUGUUAAAACAGAAUCGGGUACCAAAAAUCUGAGGAUACAGUGUGAAAACUGUUCAUUUUUCCUGCAAACGGACGCUAAGAGCACCCAAACAGUUCCUAAAUUUGACUGUGUGUUAAAAUUGAUCCACCAUUAUAUGCCUUCAAAGUCUACAGACUCAGGGAAUGUGAAAAGAGUCUACUUCAUUUACUCUGGGGGUGACAAAAUCCCUUUGGUUCUCUCCAGACCUCUUUCAUCUAGUGUUUCAACUCUGCAGCACCUGUGCAGGAAGACUGUAAAUGGACAUGUGGAGGUGUCUAGCAAUGUCCAAGAAUUGCCUAUGCCUGUCAGACAGUUCCUACAGGAUUACGAUGCCCCCGUAUAAUCCUGAAAUUGCCAUAUGGACUCUCAAAAAUAAACACCUAGCCUUUUGGUUGGAUAUCUAAGCUUGAAGAAACAGAAAUAUUUGCACUCAUUUUUUAUUUAUAACAAAUUUCAAUAAUUUAUAAUAAAAUGCACUAUUUUUAAUGACAA